GUUCAUGAUCUUCAGAAGAAGCUGGAAGAAGAAAUGGACGGCAGUGCCAAGAAAUUUGUCAAAAUGAACGAUCUAUUAAGGGAUCGGGAGGAGCAGCUGAGUCGUCUUAAGGAGAUGCAGAGACUACAGACUGAAGCCACAGAGGAGUUUAAACGUCAGGUUGAGCGGAACACGGAGAAGGUGUACGGCGAGAUGAAAGAGCAGAUGGAGAAGGUUGAAGCUGACCUGAACCGAUCCAAGAGUCUCCGAGAGAAGCAGAGCCAGGAGUACAGCCGCCAAGUGCAGGAGAUGAAGGAGCGCUAUGAGCAGCAGAUGGUGGAACAGAAGCUGGAGCAGGAACAGGAGAAGAGCCGCCUCCAGCAACAGCAUAGUUCCGAGAGGGACAGCCUCAUCCGGGACCACGAGCGGGAGACGGAGCGGCUGGAGACGCAGCUGCAGAACGCCAUGUCCGAGCACCAAAAGAAGACUCAAGCGUGGAGGGAGCGAGACGCACAGACCAUCACGGAUCUGGAGAACCAGGUGUAUAAGCUGAAGGAAGAGAUCAUCCAGGUCCAGGCUCAGCGGAAGCAGCAGCUCGUGGAGCUCGGACACCUGCGUGAUGAGGAGAGGCACCACAUGGCCCAGGAACACCAGAAAGCUAUGAGCAACUUGCGGGCGGAGAUGGAGGGCGCCAGGCUGGAGCUGCAGAGGGCACUUGCCACUCAGAACCAGGAGGCGCUGGAAAAGGCCGGCAGUCGGUUAUCACAGAUCGAGAAGGAAUAUGGGGAGAAAUUGGCGAAAACAUCUCAGGUAGUCAGUGACCUCCAGGCCUCCAUCACCUCCAUGAGAGAAGAGAACAGCCGCCAGCAGAUGGCAGCAGAGCGGAGACUACAGGAGGCAGCGAAGAACCAUGAGGACGAGAGGAGACAACUCAUGAGGGACCACGAGAAGGCCAUGAAGCUGUUGAGGGAGGAGUCAAGCGGUUACUGCGCCAAACUGCGCCUGAUGGAGAAGAGACUCCAGGACAAGGAGCUGGAGCUGCAGGAGCAGAUGGCGGACAUCCGUCUGGAGUACGAGCUGAGGAUCCGGGGCCUGAUGCCGGCCGCCAUGCGCCAUGAGCUGGAGGACACCAUCACAUCUCUGAAAUCUCAGGUGCACUUCCUCCAGAAGAGGGCGCAGGUGCUGCAGGACGACCUCACCCUAUCUCAGAGUAGAAGGUGAUGACUUCUGGAAGGCGUCAGCGCAGGCAGAGGACCCGGCGCACCAUGCAGUGAGCACUGUACAUAUUAUAAUAAACAUUCCAGCCAAUCAGGAGUUGUAUUUAUUAUUAUUAAUGCCCCUCCCCCAACAUCAUGUCCGCACUUUAUAUCUCACAUUAAACUUUAUU